AGUUGAUGAGCAAAUGAGUGUUGAAUCACACAACACAGCAAAACGGAUGAGAUGGGUGACUUUACACUUCUCUCUGCCAUACUGUCUGUCUCUGUAUCCUGCUAAAGACUCCUCACCACUUGACUGGUUGUUUGUACUCAUCACACCUGUGCAUCACUGAAGUUGCAGAUGCUUCUUAAUUUCUUCUGGAUUUAUUCAGAAUUUUGAGAGUGGACAAUAACCAAUGGACCAAUUAUUUUUAUAUCAAUAGUGGUAAGUUAAUUGCAUGUAUGUGUGUGCCAAUGUAGGAGAGGACCACUGACAAAAGAUAAAAAAGGGUGUAGACUCUUAAAUACCAACUACAACUGCUACAGACAUUUUUACCUGUAUGCCUUGGAGUGGUAACUUCAAAGACCAGAGUUGGUUAAGCAUCUCUAGGUAAGCAGCAGCUUGGCAGGGUUCCAAAGUUUUUUCUUUUUCGAAGACAAAUUGCAUCGACUGUAGUAGAAAGAUGUGGCUCUAUAUGAAGAUGAGCUUCCUGGACAAACUCCUUGUUUUGCUUCUCCUUUCUUCCCUGCUCUCUGCCCAGCUAAGCAGCAAUUUUGACUCCAGGAUGUCUUCAAUCCAGGAACCCACUCCGUCCACCUCCAAUGUAAACUCCACAGAAGUAGAGGAGCACGCUGGUAGUACGCAGCCUCCAAGUGUGAGCACAAAUCCUCAAGUAACAGUAGAAGAAGAAGAGCAAGCCUGGUAUGAGCCUGAAAAUUACCUUUAUACCGGUGAUGCUUCUCUCCUGAGUUCCUCAAGAUGCCAGAAUUCUUUCCAGUUGACUGCUCAGCCUGGUGCUAUCCCGCAAGACCUCAAAGACAUCCUCUACCAGCCUACUGUGUCCUUGACCAACACAGUGAACUUCCUCAAUCUUAUCUUUCAGGCAAGUGAACUAAGGGAGACAAGCGUAAGAGAGGACAUAGAGUGGUACCAUGCACUGAGCCGCUCCUUGCUUGUUGGUGAAAGUCCUGGCCUGGUAAGAAAUGCUCUGCUAAGCUUUGAUGCUGAUCCUACAGCACCUCAUCCACAGUUGGUGCUUUGGGCUUCUAAGGGCUCAUCUCAGGACAUCUACCUACAGGACCUCACUUUGGCCUGGGAAAAACUUCACUUAUUGCCCCAUGGCCUUAAUCAGAGCUGGUUUAUCUUACUGAAGUCCAACAGCCCGUAUUUUCCUAGCCUGUCAAAACAGGUCCUGAUAAAUGACCUCAGCACCUUGGACACACCGAAGUGGGCACAUGGGGGCACCUAUGUAACUAACAGCAGUGGACUGCAGUGGGGUGAGGCCCCAUUCUUGGAGUGUAAGGAAGAACGUUACCAGCCUGGAUGGAUGCUUACACUUUCUAUGCCUUUUCAUGGGCUAAAGCCAGACCUCAGUCCUGAGUUCAGAGGUGUGAUCCGUGUAGAUGUGAAUAUCCAGGAUUUUGAUGUAAACCAGUGUGCCACUGGGGAUUUCUGGUUUGCUGACACACAUCAGUGUAAUCGUACCAGCAUGGAGUGUCAGCCGAUUCCUAGGCAGGGGUUUCGUCUUGGCCAGUACUGCUGCCGAUGUAAAGAGGGAUACUACAGCCUGCCAGCUGUCACAGAGGAUCAACUGGAUGAUAGUUCCAGUAGUUCCCAUGGCUGCUACCCAGUGAUUCCUGUAUGUGUGCCAUGCUGGCCAGGCUGUAAGCAGUGUCAGGAUGGCUCCCCAUGCUGGGUUCAGGAGGACUGGCAUCUGAGAGCAGUGCUGCUAAUGGUGCACGGCUUCUUCAUGGCACUUGUGCUUAUCAGCAUGCUGAGAGUAUACCAAUGCCGGAGGACAAGACCAAUUCGAGCAUCUGGUCUCCUGUUGCUGGAGAUUAUUCUCUUCGGGUCUCUGCUUCUUUACUUUCCUGUUUUGAUAAUAUAUUUCAAACCCAGCACGUUUCGCUGCAUCCUGCUGCGUUGGGUCCGUUUGCUCGGCUUUGCCAUUGUCUACGGCACUGUCACUCUGAAAAUGUACAGGCUUCUGAAUGCAUUCCUCUCAUGCACUGCCCAGAGAGUUCCCUACAUGUCCAGUACCAGUGUGCUCAAGAUGCUGGGAGUGAUUGUGCUAACUGUGAAAUGGUUUUUGUGUGCUUGGACUGUGGGGGUCCUUCAAAACCUGGACCGCAACAUCCCUCAGUUAAUUACAUUAACCACCGCAGAUGGGCAGAGUUUCAAGGUGUGUGAUUUGGACCGGUGGGAUUACAUGAUGGCUAUCGCGGAGCUGCUGUUCUUGUGCUGGGGGAGCUCCCUCAGUAGCGCAGUGAAGUCUGUGCCCUCUGCCUUUCACGAGCCUCGCUAUAUGGGCAUCGCCGUCCACAACGAACUGCUUUUCUCCACUGUGUUUCAUCUUCUCAGAUUCGUAAAGCCAUCUCUACACCCUGACUGGAUGCUCUUGCUGUUCUUUUUCCACAUACAUUUCACAAUCGGUGUAACGUUUGGUCUGCUGUUUUUUCCUAAGUUCCUUCACAUAUCUCAGCUCAUAAAAGAGGAUAUUGCUUCAGAGAUGUAUGAGGAUGAAGUAGAACUACGACGUUCAUGUUUACAUCUGAAUAAUAGUUUUACAUCCGCCUGCUGGAGUGACCACAACCUGGACCCUGAUGACAUUCGGGGUGAGCUGAAGAAACUUUAUGCUCAGUUGGAAGUCCAUAAGACUAAGAAAAUGGAAAACAAGAACCCACACCUACAAAAAAAGCGCAGCUCUCGCCUCCUGCUUGGCCGAUCCCUUAUUAGGCGAAUAGCUGAGAUCCCAGAGAGCACGAGUCGGCAGGGUAGCCGUAAAAAUAAGGAUACUUCGGGAGCUGGAGGACAACAAAAAAGGUCUGGAUCUUGCCUGGCAAUGUCUGAAAGCACCCGUGUCAUUAUAAGGAAUGAGACAGCAAAGCUGUCAUCACCAGAGACACAAAGGUGUGUGGCACUGAAGGAUUCCUCAUUGAUAAAUCCUUCAUUAAAAAUCUGCAUGACAAAGAGGGCCUCUGAGACAGAGUCCAUCGACACAGCACCACUUUUCUGCAAGUCACUGAGUGCUCAAAACCUAGCCGUAGACAACAACUUUCUACACCCACUGCCCACCCGGGUUCAUAAAUCAUUUAGUUUUACAGAAAAGCACAGGGAUCAUUAUCCUCUUUCUCCAACUAAGAACACAGUGGACACAUCAGAUGUUUUUAAAACAAGCCUAAAAGAUAAGUUGUUUGAUAAGGCUGAGAUUAAGGAACAGCCUACAGACUCAAACAUCCCAAACCAAAAACAAGUCUCUGAGCAUGAAACCUUAACACCAAAGGUUAUAUCAUCCCCUGCACUACUAUAUGUUUGUCCCUGGGAAUUUGCGGCUUCCCUGCCCUCCUCUUCUUCUCCUGUGGCAAAGGUAGAGAGUGGUCUAGACUCAGAUGUUGAAUCUCCAAGACCAAAACCUCCAAUCUCCUCAAGUGCUCCAGGAUCACCAUAUUCCUUUGCCAAGCCAAUGGCCCACUGUGGUUUCUCUUUUCAUUCUACUACCCAGACUGUCCUUUUAGCAAGGAGCUUGGUGGCUAAAAAAGGGAAUAGCAAAUAUAGCAAUAAAAACAAACUUGGCAAAGAAGAGGUUUCAUCACAACAGACCAGAUCAAUGACUCUAAGCAAUGCAAUAAAGUCAGUGAAAAAUACACCACAAACACCAAUACGUUCUAGGACAUGUGAUGAUUCAAAACCUCGCCUUGUGAAACAGGCAGCAAUAAGUGAAUCCCCAAAGAGGAACUCCAUAUGCAAUAUCCCACGACAUACUCACCAGUGGGAGUUUGAAGACAUGGUGUGUAAAAAUAUAACACACAGUCAGAACAGCAGCAAGCACAGACUAUGUCCGACUUCUAGUAUUGAGAGCACCAAACUGUCCUGGCACCAAGAUAGAGCUUUUUUGUCUGCUCCAAGAUCAACAGUGUGUAGAUGGGAUGUUCCAAAACCAACUUCUCUGCAAAGCAGCAUCGCUGAUAUUUGCCCCUGGGAAGUGAAGCAGCAAGAUCAAUUACAGCCUAAAGAUUUGUACGCUGAUGAUGAUUCGAACUGUGAGCAAAUACAAAUAACAAGAUGGGACAAGGAUAUUUGUCCAUGGGAAUCCCUAGGAAAGACAUCAAGAACAUCAUGUGGCAACAGUAAAUCCGAGAUAGGCACCAAGCAACAUCAGAGCCAUACAGAGACAGAAGGGUUCCUUUACAAUGCUAAACAAGAUUCUGCCAAAUCAGUUUCUGAGGCAGCACAACCAACUGAGAGAGUUAUUUAUGUAAAUGCUCAUUCAGAUACAAAGAUGCAGAGUCUGGAAAAACAAGAGGUACUCCGAACUGAUGUCUGCCCAUGGGAAAUAAGUGACACACAUAGAAAUCCAGAGAUAAUGUGUGUUGAUGUAUAUCCCUGGAAAUUCAAUGCCACACUUGGAAAAUGCUCAGAAACAUUAAGGGGCAGCGAUUCGAGAAGUCUAACUAUGCCCAGUCCUCAGCGUCUCUUAACAAAACAGCUUAUCAGUCCUGUGGCUAUGAAAAUAUGCCCAUGGGAUUUUCCUGAAGGAUUUUCAUGCCAAUGGAAAUCAGAAAAGUUUCCUAAAACAGAUGCUGAAAAACCAAGAGCUGAUGUCAAGAAAACUAAAGCAAUGCCAGAUCCACUGACUAAACAACUGAUAAACUGUUCAUGGGAUUUACCAGAAGCCCCUUCCAUGGAAAAAGAAGUCCAUUUAUUGGAAUCAGAGGAAGCAUCUCUGCAACCAAGACAAGAAGAAGACAACACGGUAUCGCCUUCACAAGUAUCCACAACUAUCAAAACAGAUAACUGUUCCCAGGAAGGAGAGGCUUCUAAGAGGUCAAAAGGUAUUAACAUAAAAAAGGAAGUAGAUGCCUCAGUAGUAAAAAAAGAAAGUGUGCAUGCCAAAAUUUGUCUUUGGGAAAACAUUACACUGGAAAGUGAACAGCCAGAGAAACCAACACAGAAACAAAUAACUCCUCAUGUUAACGUAGAUCCAAUGCAUACAGGUGAGCCUGAGAAUCAAAGCCAAAAUAACCACACUUCUUAUUCUGAUAUUUGUCCAUGGAAAACCGAAAAAGCUCAAAGUCAAAAUGACCUUCGAGCACAUAUAUGUCCUUGGGAAUUAGAGGUCCCAGGAACAUCUACAAUGCAAGAAAGUGUCCAUAGAGAUGUUUCCACUUGGGAAAAUGACUCUGAACGUCCAGCAAUUAGAAAAAACAGCAACAGUGAGAAGACGGAAGAAGAUACCAGUGUACAUACUGCACAAGGGGCGAGGGUUAAUCGUCCUCUGACUCGAUGUGAUGCAAUGUGUCCAUGGGAAAUAAAAGCAGGAUCACAGGCAUCCAUUACGCUGUAUGAUAAUAACUCAGACAUAUUCACAUGGGAAGAACCAAUAGCAGAAGAAGGAAGUGAUGCAGAAUCAGCAGCAGAGGCCUUUAUCUUUCCACCUGACGUGUAAACUCGAGGCUAAGGUGGAUGUGUGAUUUGUUUUAGAAACGUAAAUUUAAUUAAAGCCACUAGUUAUACACUAAAGUAUGUCUCCAAAUGAAAUAUUGUACUAGUCCACUGCAAAUUAGCUACCCAAAUGAACUCUCAGUGGGUUUGAGGUCAGGGCUCUGUACGGGAAAAUCAAGUUCCUCCAUUACAACCUUUACACACAAUGUCUAAAUGAGUUGUGUUUUUUGUGCAGCAGCAUUGUCGUGUUGGAACAGUUUUGGGCAACUUAGUUCGAGUGACAGGAAAUUGGUAUGCACAGCAUACAAAGACACUGUACAAUUGUGUGCGUCUAGCUUUGUGGCAGUUUAAGGAAAGCCCACAUACAGGUGUGAUGGUCAGAUUCAAUUCAAUUUAUUUGUAUAGCGCUUUUAACCAUGGACAUUCAAGAUUAUUAUUAGACUUAUAUUUAAAUGUGUUUGUAUUUAUUCCCAAGUCUGAGGUGACCGUGGUGAAAACUCCCUUAGAUGGAAAAGGAAGAAACCUUGAGAGGAACCAGACUAAAAAGGGAACCUCAUCCUCAUUUGGGUGACCGUAGAGGGUGUGAUUAUAGAUUAUUAUAAACACCAAAGGGUGUU